AUGGCUACUACAAUGCCUCUCAUGGGCACGUCUGUGAUGCAGCCGAGUGGCUCGGCAGCUGGGAAGGGAGCAGGGUCACCUCCUCAGCAGUGGCAGCAGCAGGUUCAAGGGCGGCCCCAUCCUCAGAGCCAGCAGUCCUUCAAUGCUCAUACCCCUCGCUACUCGGUUCCUGAUCAGCAGGGGCCCAGUACCCCACAACGUGGGCAGGCUGUAGCACAAGCGGGAAGACCGGAGCCUUUGGUCGUGGCCAGUCCUAGCGGAGCGAUGCCGGGCCCGAAUACGCCAGCAUCUAGACCGGGGAUGACCCACCCUGGCAUGGCUCGGUCGGGGAGUCGAUAUGAUCAACGUCAAAGGAAAGGCAAGGGUGGCAAAGGAGUGGCGAACUCGAACGCUCAAGGUGUCUCGCGUGCCGACCAAGUGGUCCCGCAGCGAAUGCCAGCCCAGGGGGGCGGCCCAAGGGCUACAUCUUCUGACCAGAUCUUGGCACAUCCUCAAACGGCUGUGCUCAAUGCGGCCACGACUGUCGGCGCUCCCACGGCAGCUGCACCGGCGCCGACCGUUCCUGCACGUAUCGCAAUAAGUGACACUCGUAAGCCUGCUAGCAGUACUGGUCCCAAGUACUCGGAGCUCAUGGCUUCUGUAUUGCCACCACUACGACCAGGAGAGGCCGAGUUUGUAUUGGAGUUAUGGACGGACAAACGGGCACGGCUUCCACUGCGGUCCACGGUCUUGUCGAGUCGGUGGCAAUCCUCUCCCGAGCAUACGUGCAGGCAUCAGAUGCAAAUCUUCCCCAGAGGAUAUCAACUGAAGGACCUUCCGGCGGCUCAGAGGAAGCCCACGGAUAGUUGGCUUGCUGUCAAUGUGGUUGUUGAGGAUGGGCAGAAACCUCAAAGUCCCUUUGUUGGCGCUGCUUAUCCCUGGGCCCCUCAACCUCUGAGCAAACAGGUCAUGUUGUGGAUACCAAAUUACAAGUCCCCGAGUACUUCCAUAAUCCGAUACGGUCCCGGAGUGUUCAGCAAAGACCAGCCAACACUGGGCUGGUCGGGCCUCCUCGACCUCCAGUCUGAUCCCAGCAAGCUGAUUGACGCUGGCUGGAUCGACAGCUCUGGGAAGCUGGUCGUGAGGAGUAUGGUGGUGGACACGGAGAAGGAGGUGGUCGUGAAGGUGGCAUUUACAUCGUCGUGGUUGAAGACUAAGCAGGAGGUGGCUGAUGCGCAGGCUAAGCUGAAGCUCCAACAACAGCUGGAACUCGACAGAGAAGCUGAGGCGGCUCGGCGAACAGCAAGGGAAUUGGCGCUAGCAUCAUCUAAGCCCACACCGUCGCCUCGGGGGUCUGCGUCUCCCGGAGUUGCCGCACCAGCGGGGACGGUCCAAGGCCCACAGGAAAGGAAGUGGAUUGCGCCUGCCUUCCCGAAUCAAGAGGUCUUAAAUGAGAGCAGAGAAAAUGGUGGAAACGAUCGGGACGGUCCCCAUGCUUCCGCAGAGGAGCCAUAUCAAAGGCAACAUACAGCUGAUAGGGCUCCGCAAGAGGCGCAUAGGAGCUCUGGAAACCGUGGUCGGCGAGGAGGCAGGAACCGUAACGGUAAGCAGGAGGUCAUUACAGUAGUCACCCACAAGCCUGGACAAGAGAAGGAUAUGAUCGGGAUGACGGCGGGAGCUCAGGAGGGGCAGGGGGUAGCCGAUGCGUCCAUGGGAAGCGGCUGGGCAGCUGUCACGUCGGAAGAAGACAAGAAGAGGAAGUCGUUGGAGGAGGUGGAGGCCCACGAGCGGCGGCUGUAUGACGAGUCGCCGAAGCCUGUCGAACGCUCAAGGGUAUCUACUUACGAUGCUCGACCGGUGAGUAAGAGGCCUCGGAGUAUGGGCGGCCAGUCGUUGGGAACUCCAACGCGGUCCAAUCCUAGUAAAGUGAAGCGAGAGAGUUGGGAGGGUUAUGGUGGAGGGGGAUGGGAUGGGGACAGGUCAAAGCGACGGUCGGAGGGUCAAUGGGAGAAGGCGGAGUGGGAAGAGCCGAGGUCGGGGCCUGGCGACAAAAUGGUUGAUGCGUGGAAGGCUGAGGAAACGCGAGCUGGGGAGGAUUCAUGGCGAUCGACGCCUCGGCAAAGUGCGGCGGCCGAGUGGACCAAAUGUGAAGUUCCUAAGGAAUCUUGGGAGGAGAAGGAAGUAGCGAAUUAUGGUUCUAUCAAGCCAGGCCCACGAGAAAGGGUGUAUGAUAUGCGUAAGCAGUCCACAGCAGUGGAGAAGGAGACGCCUUUGAAUUCUCUGGAGACCACAAACCAACAAGGCUCGCGGUAUAUGAUGAAGGAGGAAGUCGGCACGUUCGCGAUCUACGGGGCAUCAAGCGCUCCGAGUGAUCCCUCUUUCCCACCGGUGAGGGGUUGGCGACGGACCUCUUCCACAAGUCGCAAUGAUUUUUCCCAGGACGACCUCAAACCACUCGUACGAGAUCAGCCGCCUCGGUCUCAGAGCGUCUCGGGGGUAGCAGACAGACCUGCGGUAUCCCUACGACCACGCUCGGCUCAAGAGAUGAGUAUCAAUGAUGAUCGGCCAACUCCAGGGCCAUCGAGAAAGCAGCGGAGACGCAGUGGGGGCACCCCUGCCCGAGCCCGACCAUUACCGUCGAAGCAGCGACCUUCUCAUGGUCACAUGGUAUACGAUCGACCCGCCGGUCAUGACAUGGCGUAUUAUCAAAGGCAGGCGUCUAGACGAUGAUGAUUGGAUACUCUUAUUGGUAGAUUAUAGUGAUGGUGCUGGUUACUGUAGCUAGAUGGUAGCCACAUUAGACAGUAUGAUGUACGCUU